GGGAUACAGAGCAGAGUGUGCAGAGCGAAGAGAUGGAGGAGAAGAUAGACUGAGCCUGGUACAAACACACAGGGAGGGAUACCGAGGAAGAGAGCGGGGGCACACGUACAGACAAGGGCACAUCUGCCACUGCUGGACAGAUCGCACAGGGCCUCAUUGAUAUCCAUCAACUGAUCGCUGGAAACCUACAUCGGAAACUGACACUAAAAAAAAAAAAUCACAUCUCGACACCGGGAAACUGAAGACUGGCAUUGGGUAAAUAGACACAGACAGCAUCAACGCUGGAAGACAGCAGUGGGCAUCGGGAUCCUGACACUAAGAAGCCAACGCAGGGUUUAGGCAUCGCAGAUUUCGCCAGAAUUCUGGCCCCGGGCUGCAUCCAAGCUCCGUCAUCAGGACCACUGAGAUCAUGAUGUGACACUGACUUUUACCGGGUGGAGAUAUACUGUAUACACUACAUCGUGUGGCACAUACUAGCUUAGUACGAGACUUCUCCAGACGCAUACAGCAGAAUCGUUCACCCAUUUUACAGAAGAGACGGUGUCACCUGCAAAAGAAAAGAAAAAAACAGUGCAAAACGCAGCAGCACUAGCCACACAUGCAGUGUCACUAGCCGCACACUACUUGUCACACUUACCCUGUCACUUUGGUACAUCACAUUCUCAUAUACACUUGCACAGUUUGGAGAACAUGACUCAGAUUACAGCAUUUAGAUGGUCAAUUCUCACGCUCCAGCCAAACUGAUCAGCCUGGAUUUAAUGUGCCAACACAAAGUACACAUUCUUAGCAAACCCAUGUACAUAUCUAGGCACCCAGCCAAGCAUGGACUAAUUACACAAACUAGGUGAAUUCAGUUAUUCAGAUCUGAUCAAAAUACUAAUUAACACUGAGACUGGAUACGUAGAGGCAAAGCAGACAUCAGUAUUACCAGCACACACCGACACAUACUGAAUAUGGAAGAUGUUUGCACACUUAACAAACAAAUGGAACAUAAUGCAAACAUUUAAAUAGCCACAUAUGGCUCUGUGUCACAAUAAUAGACGAAAAGCUAAAGAAAGUGUGCUUAAAAAAAAAUUGUUUUGUUUACAAUAAUAGGCACACAUAGCAAAAUCAGAUGCAAUAGAUAGAAAGGGAGGCAGGUAGGUAGAUAGGCAUGCAGCUUUUAGUGCACAAUCUGUACAUUAGGAAUAUUACAUGAACCUUAUUAAAACCAAGCACUGCUUCGGCACCAUAGGCAUAGACAACGUCAGGGACAUAAUCAAUAGCUCCCUGAUACAUAGAAAGACCAUAGAUGCUCUUAGUGUCUCCCCAUACACCCAAGUCCUGUGUAGAGAGUGCAGAUAGUGGCAGAUGCAUUCCGCAGGAAUAAACUUAUCUGGGGACAUGUGAAGCUUUAUCUGGAAAGAAAAUUAUCCCGGAUCAUGGAAUAUCCCAGGCGGCAGGAUACAGCCUCCCACCUUAUAAAGUACUGCUAACAGCGACCAGGUAAUUUCACCCACUGUUUCUGCUCCGUGGACCCUUGUCACCCUUGUCGAGGCAGAUUGGUAGGAAAUCCAACAUUUUACAGCUGUAACCAUAAAAAGAGGGCCCAUGUCAUAGGAUGAACACUGCUUGUCCCCUCUUACUAUCUGUGAUAUCGUCUCUUGUCUUGUGCUCUUGGGGUUCAAACCCUACACCGAGCACAUGCUCGGCUCUGGCCUCUGGAGUUCUAUACGGAGCCUUCUCUCUUAAGGACCUAUUCCCUGUCUUCUCUCCUGGCUGCUCUUGGACCCUGGAGAACCCAGAUCCAACCAAAUACACAUUAUACCUAAAGUUCACUCACGAGGAGCAAGUGUGCUCAUAUCUAUCCCCCAUGGUGCAAGCUUUGGAUCAUUAUCUUCCCAACCACACCUGCAGUCGGCCUGAGGAAGGGGCAGACGAAGCUCAGGAACUCUGUGCCCCUGGGUCACCAUUUACAUUUUCUCACUUUGAUAAAAAUUUUCUUCGUAUCUGCUUGUCAGAGCAACCUCUAUCCAUUCAACUUCUCCCUGAUUCUGUGCUGAGUUUCCGCUUUGUGGAGGUGCUGUUGGUCAACCAUGAUAACUCCAGCCAGUUUGCUUGUGGUGUACUUUGCAGAUGGUUUGAGGAAUGUUUAAGAGUGGGCUGGGGUGUGCGCUGUGGACUUACACAGACUGGUUGCACUUGUCCAGAGACAGUAGCACGUGGACGUAAUGACACUGUUUCCAACUCCAUUGUUCCCGCAGGACAUAGUGACUGCUGUGUUACUCAGCUUCUCCCAGGAAAUAGUAAUGAAGAAUAUCCUCGACCAAUCCCUUAUGGAGACGAUGAACAGGAGGAGAAUCAGAAAGUCAAAACCCAGAGGCCACGAUCAGCUGAUGAGCCAGCUGUGUACAUGGCACAGACAGGAGAUCCUGCCGCUGAAGGAUGGUCACAAUGGGGUGGUUGCUCUACAACAUGUGGUCAGGGUACACAAGUCCGCACCCGAUCUUGUGUGUCAUCUCCAUAUGGGACAUUGUGUAGUGGUCCACUGAGGGAGACAAGGACCUGCAACAAUACAGCUACAUGCCCUGCGGAGGGGAUAUGGCUGGACUGGGGCCCUUGGGGAAGAUGCUCAGUGACGUGUUCCAAUGGGACCCAACAAAGAAGUAGAAAGUGCAGCAACACAAGUCAAGCUGGAGCAGAGUGUAAGGGACAGCAAACGGACACAAAGGAGUGCAGUAAUCCAGAAUGUUCAGCUGAUGGAAAAUGGGGCCCGUGGAAUCAUUGGAGCUUGUGCUCCAAGACAUGUGACAGUGGCUGGCAGCGUCGCUACCGGAUGUGUCAGGGAACAGGAUUGCAAGGAUACCCGUGCGAGGGCUCCGGGGACGAGGUCAGGACGUGCAGUGAAAAGAAGUGCCCAGCGUUACAUGAGAUGUGCAAAGAUGAAUAUGUCAUGUCUAUGACCUGGAAGAAAGCAGCCGCAGGCGAAAUUGUUUACAACAAAUGUCCUCCGAAUGCCACAGGUUCGGCAAGCCGACGGUGUCUGCUAAGUCCUCAGGGGGUUGCUUAUUGGAGUUCACCAAGUUUUGCCCGUUGUGUUUCCCAUGACUACAAAUACCUUCACAUUGCACUCCGAGAACAUUUGGCCAAAGGUCAGCGUUUGUUGGCAGGGCAAGGAAUGAAUCAAGUAGUUCGAAGUAUGUUGGAGCUGGUGUCAACCAAGAACUACUACAGCGGAGACCUUCUUUUUUGUGUUGAAAUCUUGCGAAAUGUGACUGACACUUACAAAAGAGCUACCUAUAUACCUUCAUUUGAAGAUAUUCAGAAGUUUUUCCAUGCUGUCAGCCACAUACUGGAUGCGGAUAAUAGAGAGAAGUGGGAGGACGCACAGCAGGUGGCUCCGGGCUCUGUACUUCUAAUGAAGGUGCUUGAAGAUUACAUUCACCUUAUCGGGGAUGCUUUAAAGCCUUUUCAGAGCUCAAUCAUUGUAACAGAGAAUCUAGUUAUUAGCAUCCAAAGAGAGCCUGUGUCUGCUGUAUCCAGUGAUAUAAACUUCCCGAUGAAAGGACGAAGAGGUAUGAAUGACUGGGCUAGAAACUCUGAAGAUAAACUUUUCAUCCCCAAGGAGGUCCUGACUUUGCCUAAUACAGAAACAGAGGACUCAACAUAUUUUGUCAUAGGUGCAGUUCUAUACCGCACUCUUGGUCUCAUCCUGCCUCCUCCAGGGAAUUCAUUGUCUGUUAGUUCAAAGGUUUUGACUGUCACCAUCCGACCUCUCACUAAACCUCCAGACCAGCAAGUGGUGGUGGAAUUAUCACAUAUAAUCAAUGGUACUUCAAGCCCCCAGUGUGCUGUAUGGGAUUAUUCCAAAAGUGAUGCAUCCAGUGGGAGCUGGGACACCGACAGCUGCCAGACACUGCCAACCCACCCAUCUCAUACCAAAUGCCUUUGCGACCAGCUCUCCACCUUUGCUGUUUUGGCGCAACUACCCAAGGAAAUGGUGAUGGAUGUCUCUGGUUCUCCAUCGGUCCCCCUGAUGAUUGGCUGUGCUGUCUCGUGCAUGGCUUUGCUCAUUCUCCUUGCUGUUUAUGCUGCAUUUUGGAGAUUCAUUCGUUCCGAGCGCUCCAUCAUUCUGCUCAAUUUCUGUUUGUCCAUCCUUGCCUCCAAUGUUCUGAUUCUGGUGGGACAGUCCCAAGCACUCAGCAAGGCUGUCUGUGCUCUCAUUGCUGCUUUCUUGCACUUCUUCUUUCUCUCAUCCUUCUGUUGGGUACUGACCGAAGCCUGGCAAUCCUACUUAGCUGUCAUUGGGCAAAUGAGAACACGUCUGGUCCGUAAACGUUUCCUAUGUCUGGGCUGGGGGUUACCGGCUUUAGUGGUUGCCGUGUCUGUUGGUUUCACCCGAACGAAAGGAUAUGGGACUCCCCACUACUGCUGGCUUUCUCUGGAAGGAGGCUUACUCUACGCCUUUGUUGGCCCAGCAGCUGUCAUUGUUCUGGUUAACAUGCUCAUUGGCAUAAUUGUAUUCAACAAAUUAAUGUCUCGGGAUGGUAUAUCUGACAAGUCCAAAAAACAGCGGGCUGGAAUUGAGAUUUCCUGCAGGAACCUGCCUCUAAUUUGUUCCACAUGUGGAGUGCUGCCCAGUGCAAAGCUAUCCGCAGCUACUGCCAGCAACGCUGUGGCAUCUCUCUGGAGCUCCUGCGUGGUACUUCCUCUACUUGCCCUUACUUGGAUGUCUGCAGUUCUAGCUAUGACUGAUCGCCGAUCCAUUCUCUUCCAAGUUCUGUUUGCAGUAUUCAAUUCCGUACAAGGCUGUGUGAUCAUCACUGUUCACUGCUUCCUGCGCCGGGAGAUUCAAGAAGUGGUGAAGUGCCAAAUGGGUGGGUGCCGCAGUGAUGAAAAUGAGGAUUCUCCAAAUUCCUGUAAGAAUGGACAGCUUCAGAUAAUGACAGAUUUUGAAAAAGAUGUGGACUUAGCGUGUCAGUCUGAUGAGAAGGCCUCCUGGUACACAGCACACGGGGAAACUGUUUUAUUUAAGGAACUGAACUCAUGUCAUCCUUCUAGCGUGACUGGAGCUCUAUCCCGUAUCUCUUUAGAUGAUGAAGAUGAUCUAAAACUGCAUAAGGGAAGCGAAGGUCUCAGUUUCUCCCACCUUCCUGGGAAUCUCUCUUCUCAAGGCGGAAUUCUGCUUCAGGUGCCCAAAAUAACCCAUAACCCAGUAAACGAGCUCAAUGAUCCACUGCCAAAAAAAGAAAUGAAUGUGGAGCGUGGACCCCUCUAUCUGUGCCCAGAAGGAAACAUGUGGCCCCUGGACUUUGGUGAUGCACAUCAGGAGCAAUCGUUAGAAAGCGAAUAUAUGGUGUUGCCCAGAAGGACUCUGAGUCUCAAACCGUUCAAUCGUGAUCACGGAAAACAUAACAUGAGGCUGGCAGAUCUGAGCAAAGGGCGCCAGCAAGGGGACACAGACAGUUACCCAAACUUUCUGUCAGUGGACCACAUCAACCUUAAUUUAACCCCACCCUAUGUACCUGCUCAGCACCAGUUUGGGUUGCCAUUUAAACAGCCACCCUCUGUCCGGCAGAUCCUGGCAUCAGAGAUGAAUGAGCGGAGUCGCACAAUGCCCCGCACGGUGCCUGGUCCAUCUCUGAGCGCUGGAUCUCUCGAGAAACCACACCAACCUGUCCCUGUGUUUCUCCCUCAGCGGAAGCGAUUGAGAUACUCAGAUAUGGACUUUGAGAAAGUGAUGCACACAAGAAAAAGACACUCAGAGCUUUAUCAUGAAUUGAACCGCAAGUUCCAUACACUGGAAAGGUACCGGGAUGCCAGUGCAAAGAGAGACAAACGCUGGAGCAUAUCCUCCGGAGGAGCAGUGGAGAGAACCUCAGCCAGUGAGAAGACAAGUCCAGCUGGCCCCCAUCAGAAGGUUUGGGAUAGUUACAGAGCACGCUCAUCACAGAUCCAUGACCGACUGGGCCUACGCUGUGUAGACUGGGAACAGCCUCCACGUAUAUCCAUGGAUAUGUCAGAUGGCGACUAUCAGACUGAAGUAUAAGGCAAUCUGUCCCUUUGCCUGUGAAUUUAUCAACCUCUUGGACUCCAGUUAAUUGCCCUUGUAUACCAGAGAAGUGGUAUCAGGGUUUUAAGCCACAGAGGAUUACAUUUUGCUAAUGGAGUACCCACUAAAAAAUGCACUGGAACCUCAUGAUACAACACCAGGAGUCAAACGAGAGCAAAAAGGGAGACCGAUGGUCGAUAAACGGAAGAAGUGGCCUUUUGGAAGCGCAAUGCUCUGAAUUUAAGAUGGUAUAUCCAGGAUCACUAUUCCUCUUUGAUCUCUAGAGGAGCAAAGCAGCAACAAGCUGUGAUUUCUCUUUAAAUGCACACAUAUGUUGUCCUGUCACACAACUUCCUCUGUUCUGCUUCCUGGACAUUGCUUGUCAAGUGACCACUUUCUUCCAGUUUUUUUCACCUCCCCCCUCUCCUGCCCCCUGCCAUUUUCGGGUAGGGAUGAGGAGCUUGGUCAUGUCAUUACGAACUUCUAAAGAAGAUCAACCCAAAUAGACUAAACUGACACCUCCAAUUCCUUACUGAUAUUUCUAGGCAACUGGGCAGUGGAAAGGGGGUCAGGUGGCACUGGGUUUUAAAAAUGCCUAGAAUUUGUUUAAAAUGAGAUAAAAAAAUAAAAAAAAAACCUUUUGAAACAUGA